AGCCGGAGCCAGAGCCACAGCCCGAGCUGAGGCGGGAGCUCUCCGGGCCGGGCCGGGGGCCAGGGCAGCGAUGUGGGGCGGCUCGGUGGCAGCGGUGCCGCGGUGGUGCCGGGCUCUGCACAGCUCCGCAGCCCUGGGCGGCUCCAGGAACAUGCUGCGGAAAAUGUUCCGCAAGAAGAAAAAGAAGUUCUGGUAUGACAGCCCUACCCUGGGAUCACAAAUGCUGUAUAAACCAACCAACUUGGACUUUUUAAUAAAAAAUGACUUGACACAAACAAGGAAAGAAGGUAACAUGCGCUGCAGAGUCUUAAAUGGUCUUAUUCAUAAAGCUGUGUUAGAGAUGGCGACUACCUGUGAAGUCAGUCAAGAAUUUUAUGAUCUCAAGCUGGAAAUCUGCAAGGUGUCCCUGUCAUCCAACUUUUCAGCGUGUCGUGUGUACUGGAACCCUGCUUCCACUAUGGAGAAGGAAAGUUAUGUUGAAAAUGUGCUGCGAAAGAGCGCGCCACGUAUACGGUAUCUUCUGAAAAGCCAGCAGAUUGUAGGAAAUGUACCCCCAGUGGUAUUUAUAAAAGACAAGGAAGCUGCAGCUGUAAAAGAGGUCGAGGAUUUACUGGCAAUUGCUGAUUUUGGACCUCCAGAAGAAGUAGAACCAUCUCAGAAUGAUUCAAGUAAACUCUUCCCUUCAACAACUCAAUCUUCAGAUUCACCCAUGCGAUCUAAUCUGUUUGGUAUUGAUCAUGAACUGCUGAAUAAACAGAUAAUGGACUAUAAAAAAAUGAAAGCGUCCAGGCAUAUAGAAAACAUUGCCUGGACAGAGAAGCAGCAGCAGCAGCACCAGCAGCAGCUUUCUAAGAUUCAAAAGAAAAUGAAAAAGAAAAAAGCAAGGAAUCCUCCUGACGAUGACGACCUAAUGCCACAGAAACACUUACUGGAUGGAUACGAAGCUGAUUACUGGGAUGAUAACACUGAAUCAGCCUCAGACUAUGAGCUGCAGGAUGAAUUGCAGGAAGAGGUGAAUGAAUUGGAGGUGGAUGAUGACAAAACUUUACAACAGUCUACUGGUAAACUGAAAUAAAGUGAAAAGGUCACUCUAAAAUGAAGGCUGCCAAUAACAAAAAAAAAAAGACUGCUAUAGCUACUGAAAGAUUUAUUUUGUACAUGUUUACCACUUCCUCAUUCAAACUUAUAGAUUUGCCACAUAUGAGAAGGUUUGCUAGCACAAAGUAUGUAAGAAAAACUGCCAUUAGUGACAUUCUGUUAAGCAGCUUUCAAGCUGCUGCAGUUGAAGGGACUUUCAACCAGAGAGCAGUUUUGUAAUGAUAAAAUAUACCUAUUGCAGCACUGAGUUAAAACUUCUUGCAGUUGUGUUAUUUCCAAUAGAAUUAUGAUUUCUAUAUUGCAAUAUUUCUUUUAAUUAUUAUCUUUUUAGUGACCUGUAUAAAAGUUACCACUAAGUGAUGGUGCCUAUUAAUCUGAUAUCAGGAAGGAGGAAGGAAACAAAAUAAUGACAAUUGUGUUCAGCUUCAUCACACAGAGAUGAGGACAGGGUCUUCUCUAAAGGACCAGUCUAGGGGAACAUUUUCUGCAAGAGGCUGAAACUCCUUGAAAUGAUGGCCAAUAAAGUUACAACGCUGGAAGAAAAUAAAUUCAUAGUUGUACAAGGGGAACUGCAAUCAGAAAAAAAUGGAAAACUGCUCAUCCAUGGGGUAAAAUCAGACAAAAUAUUGACUGUGACUUAGAAAAUGUAUUAACAACUUGAAAAGCAGAGAAAGAGCAGCAGGGAAGAAUGUCCCCGAAACUGUGAUUUGAAAAUGAAUAGGGAAUCAUAUAAAAAGUAAUAAAGCUUUCUGACUCAAAGCACAUAAAAAAAUA